AUGGGAAGUAAGACCCUGCCGGCCCCAGUGCCUAUCCAUCCUUCCCUCCAGCUCACCAACUACUCCUUCCUGCAAGCAUUCAACGGGCUGCCCGCCGUGCCCUCUGACCACCUCUCCAACCUCUACGGCUUCAGUGCCCUGCAUGCUGUACACCUGCACCAGUGGACUUUGGGGUACCCAGCCAUGCAUCUGCCCCGCUCCUCCUUCUCCAAGGUACCCAGCGUGUCGAGCCUGGUGGACGCACGAUUCCAGCUCCCGACCUUCCCGCUCUUCCCACAUGUCAUCCAGCCAAAGCAAGAGGCCAGCAAUGUGACCCUCAAAGCCAAACCCCGCUUCGACUUUGCCAACUUAGCAGUGGCUGCCACACAAGAGGACCACUCUAAACUGGGACAGGCAGACAGUCAGAGCUCACCCCCAGGGCUGGGCUCUUUGCUUGAGGUGACUAAACUCUCUCCAGAGAAGAAACCCACACGGGGAAGGUUACCAUCCAAAACCAAGAAGGAGUUCGUGUGUAAAUUCUGUGGCAGGCACUUCACCAAGUCCUACAACCUUUUGAUCCAUGAAAGAACCCACACUGAUGAACGGCCCUACACAUGUGACAUUUGCCACAAGGCCUUCAGAAGACAGGAUCACCUGAGGGAUCACAGAUAUAUCCAUUCUAAAGAAAAGCCUUUUAAGUGUCAAGAAUGCGGGAAAGGAUUUUGCCAGUCCAGAACGCUAGCUGUCCACAAGACACUGCACACGCAAGUAAAGGAACUGAAACCUGCCAAAAUUAAGUGCUGAAUCUCCAACCUCUAUGAACUUUUCCUCCCCUUCAGACUUUACACCAAAACCAGAGCAGAAACAAAACUUGCAGGAUGGGAGCACUGAACUUUGUGUUUUGUUUUUGUUUGUACUUUAAAAAGAGCAAAAUCCACCCCUUCCCCGCCCCCCAAGAAACUAACUUCCUAAGUCGUGGGUGAAAAGAUUAUUUUGCAUUUAAAAUAUACAGGAAUGAUGCAGAGAGUGCUAGCUGUGUUGUGUGGCUUUGAUAAACUUUAUGCCAAAAGGUGGUGCUCACGUGUUGGACAGGAAACUCUAAAACCAAAGAAAAACC